AUGACGGUCACCAAUGAGCUUUGGAGACAUCCGGACCCCCAGUCCACGCAGAUGUGGAAGUUCCUUGAGCAUGUAAACUCCAAGUACGGUCUCCAGCUCAACGAUUAUCCCUCCCUCUACAAGUGGUCAGUCGACAACGUUACCGCCUUCUGGGAAGAGGCAUGGCACUUUACCGGUAUCAGGCAUUCCAAGCUGUUCGAUGAGGUGCUCCCUGAAAAUGCGCCCAUGUUCCCUAGGCCUGACUUCUUUGCUGGUGCCCGACUAAACUUCGCCGAGAACCUCCUGUUCCCUGGAAAUGCCCAGGUCAACGGAUCUGAUGUUGCUGUCAUCACCGCCACUGAAAACGACGAGCACCUUACCGAAACCACAUGGGACGAGCUGAGAGAGCAGGUCCGGCAAUGCUCCAAUGCCCUCCGAGCUGCUGGAGUGAAGGAAAGUAGUGUUGUUGCUGGCUUCGUUGCCAACCACGUGCAAGCCUUAGUCGCCCUACUGAGUGCUGCCUCCCUCGGUGCCAUCUGGACGGGAAUCAGCCCUGAUAAUGGUGUCAGUGCCGUCUUGGACCGUCUUGUCCAGAUCAAGCCCAAGGUUCUCUUCUCCGAUAAUGCCACUCUCUACAACGGCAAGGAGUGGUCCGGCAAGGCCAAGACCCUCGAGGUCGUCGAGGCGCUGCAGAAGCACGGACUCGAGCUCGUUGUCGUAGUUAAGGGCCUCCAGAACUUCGAGACCGGACUGGACGAGAUCCGCGCCAAGGGCGUCAAGGCCGAGGAGUACGAUGAGUUCCUUCACAGCUCGCCCAAAGAGGAGCCCCUCGUCUUCGCCCAGCUUCCUCCCUCACAUCCUCUCUACGUCCUCUAUUCUAGCGGCACCACCGGCCUGCCCAAGGCCAUCGUCCACACCGCCGCCGGCACCCUUCUCCAGCACAAGAAGGAGCUCCUCAUCCACUCUAACCUCUCCCCGCGAUCGCGCAUGCUCUACUACACCACCACCUCGUGGAUGAUGCACCACUGGUCCGUUUCCUCGCUCUCAUGUGGCGCCUCGCUGGUCCUCUACUCCGGCUCCCCCUUCCGCCCGCACGGGUACCUAUCCCUCCCGCGCCUGCUCUCCUCCCUGAAGGUAACCCACUUCGGCACCUCGGCCGCCUACCUGACCACGCUCGAAGCCAACAACGUACGCCCCAUUGAUCCCGUCCACAACCUCGACCUCUCUUCUCUCGAAGCCAUCUAUUCCACCGCCGCCCCCCUCCCCCCUUCCACCUUUGCCUUCGUCUACACUGCUUUUCCCUCUACCAUCAACCUAGCCUCUAUCACCGGCGGCACAGACAUCAUCUCCCUCUUUGGCGCCCCUUGCCCUCUUCUCCCGGUCCGGGCGGGAGAAGUCCAAUGCGCCGGUCUAGGAAUGGCCAUCAGCGUAAUCGAUUCUGCCUCCGACGCCUCCGACCCCCGCCCUGUCGACCCCGUCGGCUCCGAAGGCGAUCUCGUCUGCCUCAAGCCGUUCCCCUGCCAACCUCUGACUUUCUUCGGCCCCGGAGGCGACGACAAGUACCGUGCCGCUUACUUUGAGCGCUUCGGCACGACCAUGUGGCACCACGGCGACUUUGUGCGCAUGAACCCGUCCACGGGGGCGUUGGUCAUGCUGGGCCGCUCCGACGGCGUGCUCAAGCCCGCCGGCGUCCGCUUCGGGUCUGCCGAGAUCUACAACGUGCUCACCCGCUUUUUUGCUUCUGAAGUCGAAGACGCGGUGUGCGUAGGCCGCAGACGCGAGUUUGAUCGUGAUGAGACCGUUUGCCUUUUUGUGGUCAUGGUGCCCGGCAAGUCGUUUAGUUCGGAACUGAGGGAUCGGAUCAAGAACGUGAUUAAGCGCGAAUUGAGUCCUAGACAUGUACCGGGCGUGGUGGAGGAAUGCGGACCGGCGGGCAUUCCGAGGACCGGGAAUGGGAAGAAGAUUGAGGUUGCUGUUAAGCAGAUUUUGAGUGGGCUAAAGGUGAAGACGAAUGCGAGUGUGGCGAAUCCAGAGGCGUUGGAGUGGUUUAGGACGUGGGCGAAGGCGGCGGAGGAGCAGUUGCCUAAGUAG